AUGACAUCCAUCGUCAAAUUAUUCGUCGUAUCCCCAGACACCCGUUCUGAGCGUCGCUUCGACCUCCACGUAACGAUCGAGCAGCUCAAGGCGAAACUAGAGCUCAUCACAGGCAUCCCCGUUCAGAAUCAGAAGAUAUUGUUGCACGAUGGCGAUGAAGAUUCCCAGGUCGUCGCGCAGCUGGAUGAUGACGCUAAGCCGCUUGGGUACUACGGUGUUCGGGAUUUCCAGACGAUCAAGAUUGUAGAUACGAACCCUUCGACGUCGUUUACGGGUCAGCUCUCCGAUGUAUCACAAGUAGAGAAGUUUGAGCUCAGCGACGACGCAUACGCACAACGAACUGACUCCGUGUUGGCUUACAAGCAAAGACAUAAAGUAGGGCGCUUUGCGCCUCCUUCAACAGAACCUACUCCCGAACCUACGGUAAACAUCCCCAUCGGAUCACGCUGCGAGGUGGAAUCAACAGAACCGGGCUUGAAUAAGCGUGGUGCAGUUCGGUUUUUUGGUCAGACUGAGUUUGCUGCUGGACUUUGGGUCGGUGUCGAGUAUGAUGAGCCGAUGGGCAAGAAUGAUGGGUCUCUCAAAGGGGUGCAGUAUUUUACAUGUCGUCCGAACUACGGAGUGUUCGUACGCCCUGCAAAAGUCACGGUCGGUGACUUCCCUGUGGAAGAGAUCGAUUUUGAUGACGAAGAAAUCUGA